AAAUAUUUUUUGAAGGUUUUUAAUCCGUUACCUUGUGAUGUCCUAUUGAAAUUCUGCUUUGUGAGUAGAGGGAGUUAGAAAAAUUGUGAAAAAGUGAACUUGAUAGUUGUGCACGUUAAAAUUUCUUUUAAUGUUACUAAUGAACAAUAUAUAUGUUUAACAAGAAGUUAAAAGUAUUAAUAUCGCACUAUUUUCUACGUCACGGUUACUCCGAAUAAAUUGGGCAGCCAUAUUGUCAUACUUCAAUCUUAAGGUUUGGUGUAUCGUUAAUAAUCGGUUGUGAAUUGAUUUCCACAAUUUUAAAAGGCUGUGUUCGAAGGUACAUGCGACUAUCUUGAACUAGAAGUGGCUUAAUUGGAAAUAUCGUUUGAGGAAGAGGGUGAAUUUUUGAGACUACCUGUAAGCAGGAUGGCUUCUGUCCAGGCAGAAACACUCAUUAAUCCAAACCACAAUCCCGGCAGCCCAAACAGACUUGGGAUGACAUUAAAUUCAAAUGCCAUUACGAGGGACAUGAUGGCUGAUGAUAUGGGAUGGAAAGCAAAACUGAAGAUUCCUCCAAAGGACAAAAGGAAGAAAACUUCAGAUGUCACAGACACCAAAGGCAAUGAGUUUGAAGAUUUUUGCUUAAAAAGAGAAUUAUUGAUGGGAAUUUUUGAAAAAGGUUGGGAAAAACCCUCUCCUAUUCAGGAAGCUAGCAUUCCAAUUGCUUUGCUUGGGAGAGACAUCUUAGCCAGAGCAAAGAAUGGCACAGGGAAAACUGGUGCUUAUAUCAUUCCCAUUCUUCAAAGAAUUGAUAUCACAAAAGAUUAUAUUCAGGCCCUUGUCAUAGUCCCAACGAGAGAACUAGCUCUUCAGACCAGUCAAAUUUGUAUUGAGCUUUCAAAACACAUAGGUGCAAGAGUAAUGGUCACCACUGGAGGCACAAAUCUUAAAGAUGACAUUAUGCGAAUAUAUGAAAAUGUUCAUAUAAUCAUUGCAACACCUGGCCGUAUAUUGGAUCUUAUGGAAAAAAUGGUUGCAAAAAUGGAUAGAUGCAAUAUGUUAAUUCUAGAUGAGGCAGACAAAUUGCUUUCUCAAGAUUUUAAAGGCAUACUAGAUAAAGUUAUAAGUUACUUGCCAACUGAUCGUCAAAUACUCCUGUAUUCUGCUACAUUUCCUUUGACAGUUGAACAGUUCAUGCGGAAGCAUUUGUCAGAUCCCUAUGAAAUAAAUCUUAUGGAUGAGCUAACUUUAAAAGGAGUAACACAGUAUUAUGCUUUUGUGCAAGAGAGGCAGAAAGUCCAUUGUUUAAAUACAUUGUUUUCAAAGCUUCAAAUAAACCAAUCAAUAAUUUUCUGCAACUCUACACAGCGGGUUGAACUACUUGCUAAGAAAAUUACUGAAUUGGGAUAUUCAUGUUAUUACAUACAUGCAAGGAUGUCGCAGCAGCAUCGUAAUCGUGUCUUCCAUGACUUUCGAGCUGGCUUAUGUCGAAAUUUGGUUUGCUCUGAUCUUUUCACAAGAGGAAUUGACAUCCAGGCAGUAAAUGUUGUGAUUAAUUUUGAUUUUCCAAAGAUGGCAGAAACAUAUUUGCAUCGCAUUGGUCGAUCUGGAAGAUUUGGCCACCUGGGCAUAGCCAUAAACUUAAUUACAUAUGAUGACAGAUUCAACCUUCAUCGCAUAGAGCAAGAAUUAGGAACAGAAAUCAAGCCAAUUCCAAAGGUCAUCGAUAAAAGCCUGUAUGUUCCAGAAUUUCAGUUUGAAGAGACUGAAGCAAAUAGCCAAUAAAUGCUCAUAAGGAAAAAAAAUCAGUUAGACCUUUUAAUUGGACAGCUGUGGGAUCUCUUGUGAGCUUAUUUCAUUUCUUCUGGUGAACAUUGCUGAAUUUAUCACGAGGCAUAGUCUGCCACUAUUUAUUUUUAUGCUAUUUAUUUACACAGAUAUAUUAUUAGGCACUAGAUAAUUCUCUUAAAUAUUUGCAAAUUAAGUCUUGUGCCUUGACUGAAUGUUCAUAUUUUCUCCCUAUUUCUGACUUUUUUUGUGUGUGUGGCUAAGAGAGGUGCCAAUUAGAAUAUUUUAAUAAGUUUUUGGCCUCUUUCGAAAAGUUGUUAAAAAAGAAACUAUUUUGUUUUGCCUAGUGAUAUUUAUUGGUCCAUCUUUUAAUCUGUAACAAUUAGAAGUGUUAAAUUUUCAUGAGACUUUUCACAGCUGUGUAAAUAUUCUGUACAGUGGGACUUUUUUGUGUUACUGGUGUCAUACUUGUAAAUAUACACCCGAGUUAAAAUGUUGAUGAUUUCAUCAGCACUGUUUCAUGCAAACACUGCGUUGACGUUUUGAAGAACAGUUGUUUUCUUCAAAAGCUAUGCUCAUCUGGAAAGCUGGCCCUCUUCACUAGUCUUGUUGGCUAAUCGUUCUCGUAUCAGAUAGCCAAGUCUACCUAUUUAAUAAAGAACUGUGCUGAUACAUUCAAUUUUUUGUGGUGCUUCUGCUCUCCAGAUGUGCAUUGCUGUUAUUUGUAGGUUUUCUACACCUAUUUUUGUAAUCUAAAAUUUGACCUGAAUAGGUAUUUCUCUGGAUGUUUUCUUUUUUCUGUACAAGGCAGCAUUUUUUACUUCAGAAUGUUCACGUUGUUUUAUUGUGAAAAUCUGAGGUUUUAAGUGAACAUGACAAAUUAUCUUAAACUUUAAUUAAUGGGAGACUUAUUCCCUAAUGUUUUUUAUCCAGAGAAAUAUCUUUCAGCUUUAGUGUACAUAUUAUAUAUAUUAUAUAUUUGAGAAGUGGCAAGUGAUCUUUAAGUCCACUCCCAAUAAUGGAUCACAGCUGAUGUGGAACUUGACAGACAGUGAAAUUUCAAUGUGGUGGAACACAUAGGAACUCUAUCAGAUUACAGUGGAGACCUAGAGUGCCAAUGAGUAUUAAAUCUCAAACUGAUUUGCCACAAUGUGAAAGCAGUGCACAAUAACCUGUCUGUAAGGUUCUGCUCUCAAUGGUGGUAGAGCAGAAAGUAAAAAAGGUACUUAAAUAGUAUCUCAAAUGACCAACCUACUGCCCAAGAACUUUGUGCUGCAAACUUUGCCCUUUUAAAACCUCAGAUUUUCAAUCUAAAAUUAAAGAUCAAAGACAUACAUCAAGUUAAAAAUCUUUUGUUUAUUUUUUCCUCAAAUAACUUGGCUUGUGUCCUUGAUCUUAAUCUGAGUAAAACCCAUCCAUGCAAAAGCAUCUGCAUUCCUUUAGAUUGAAGUUUGAAAUUUAAAAAUUUAAAUCUUGUGUCUUAAAUUUUCCUUUUGCAUGGGAUGGUUGGGUUGACGAAAGCCAUGGUUUGAUCCCCUGUUGGCUUGCUCAGUGUUUUACUCUGAUGUAGCAUGGCUAAUUUAAUGCUAUUAAGAAGGCUGUAAGAAGUGGAUCACUAAAUUAACAGAAAACGCAAUCCUAAAUUUAACUUCUGGCUCAAUACUUAAGUGCAAUCUCUGUAAUCAGAGCAUUUUUCUGAAAUUCAAAUCUAUUGUUUUCUGAAAUAAAACCUUAUUCCAAUUGGC